AUGGAACGUAAAAUCGACGCUCCCGAUAAAAUUAGCACUAGCACAACAGCGUUUUAUCAAAAUACCAACAACAGUCAAGAAAGAAUCCAGAGUCUAAUGGAAUCGGACAGUUUAAAUUAUGAUACUUCAAAUGCGGAACAGGAAGAUGACACAAGAACUGCAUUCCAAAAUGCGGAAGUCCAGGAUACAGGAUUAGGCGAUACUUCAAAUGCGGAAGUCCAGGAUACAGGAUUAGACGAUAUUUCAAAUGGGGAACAGGAAGAUGACACAAGAACUGCAUUCCAAAAUGCGGAAGUCCAAGAUACAGGAUUAGACGAUACUUCAAAUGCGGAACAGGAAGAUGACACAAGAGCUGCAUUCCGAAAUGCGGAAGUCCAAGAUACAGGAUUAGACGAUACUUCAAAUGCGGAACAGGAAGAUAACACAAGAACUGCAUUCCGAAAUGCGGAAUUCCAAGAUACAGGAUUAGACGAUACUUCAAAUGCGGAACAGGAAGAUGACACAGGAGCUUUGGAUCCGGAAGAUGGCACAAGAAUCGCAUUCCAAAAUGCGGAUCCGGAUGACACUGUUGUAGAAGAUCCUUUUACAACUCUGUCUAAUUUACUUGUCCUCGGAUCAAGUUACUCAUACGAGUCUCCACCAUCAGUUCUCAACGAUCCUGGCGACGUUUACAAUGGUUUUAAUUUAUAA